AUGUACCAGUGUACAAGCCAGGUACCUCAUGUACCAGUGUACAAGCCACGUAUCACAAGUACCAGUGUACAAGCCAGGUACCUCAUGUACCAGUGUACAAGCCAGGUACCUCAUGUACCAGUGUACAAGCCAGGUAUCACAAGUACCAGUGUACAAGCCAGGUACCUCAUGUACCAGUGUACAAGCCAGGUACCUCAUGUACCAGUGUACAAGCCAGGUACCUCAUGUACCAGUGUACAAGCCAGGUACCACAAGUACCAGUGUACAAGCCAGGUAUCACAAGUACCAGUGUACAAGCCAGGUACCACAUGCACCAGUGUACAAGCCAGGUAUCACAAGUACCAGUGUACAAGCCAGGUAUCACAAGUACCAGUGUACAAGCCAGAUACCUCAUGUACCAGUGUACAAGCCAGGUACCACAAGUACCAGUGUACAAGCCAGGUAUCACAAGUACCAGUGUACAAGCCAGGUACCACAUGUACCAGUGUACAAGCCAGGUAUCACAAGUACCAGUGUACAAGCCAGGUAUCACAAGUACCAGUGUACAAGCCAGAUACCUCAUGUACCAGUGUACAAGCCAGGUACCUCAUGUACCAGCGUACAAGCCAGGUAUCACAAGUACCAGUGUACAAGCCAGGUACCACAUGUACCAGUGUACAAGCCAGGUACCACAAGUACCAGUGUACAAGCCAGGUAUCACAAGUACCAGUGUACAAGCCAGGUACCACAAGUACCAGUGUACAAGCCAGAUUUGAAUUAGUUCUCAACAAGGAUUAUGAAUUAGUUCUCAACAAGGAUUAUGAAUUAGUUCUCAACAAGGAUUAUGAAUUAGUUCUCAACAAGGAUUAUGAAUUAGUUCUCAACAAGGAUUAUGAAUUAGUUCUCAACAAGGAUUAUGAAUUAGUUCUCAACAAGGAUUAUGAAUUAGUUCUAAACAAGUAUUAG